AUGGCUCCGACGCCAUCAUCUGCUAGAUCGAAUCAGUCCCAAUUCACCUUAAUCAGAACCCCACAAACCAAACAACGCCUCAAUUUCCACUCGAAAACCCCAAACCCAGACGCAUCAAAAGACCAUAUCCCACCGGAGCAUCCGGUUGAAGUAGUCGGCCGGAUCCGAGACUACCCAGAUCGGAAAGAGUCGUCACCGUCGAUCUUGCAAGUGAACCCAGAUAACCAGACGGUGCGAGUCAGAGCUGAUGUUGGGUACAGAGAUUUCACGCUCGACGGCGUUUCCUUCUCGGAGCAAGAAGGUCUCGAAUCGUUUUACAAGAAGUUUAUAGAAGAGAGGAUCAAAGGCGUGAAGCUUGGGAACAAAUGCACGAUCAUGAUGUAUGGACCUACUGGCGCUGGAAAGAGCCACACGAUGUUUGGAUGUGGGAAGCAACCUGGGAUUGUGUAUAGAUCCUUGAGGGAUAUUUUGGGAGAUUCGGAUCAAGAUGGUGUUACUUUUGUUCAGGUCACUGUUCUUGAGGUCUAUAAUGAGGAAAUUUAUGAUCUUCUCUCCACCAAUAGUAGCAACAAUUUAGGGAUUGGUUGGCCUAAAGGAGGAAGCACUAAAGUUAGGCUUGAAGUAAUGGGGAAGAAGGCGAAAAAUGCAACCUUUAUAUCAGGGACAGAGGCAGGGAAAAUUGCUAAAGAGAUUGUGAAAGUGGAGAAACGGAGGAUUGUGAAAAGCACACUUUGCAAUGAAAGAAGUUCUCGAAGUCAUUGCAUGAUCAUACUCGAUGUGCCAACCGUUGGAGGAAGAUUGAUGCUUGUUGACAUGGCUGGUUCAGAAAAUAUAGACCAAGCUGGGCAGACUGGAUUUGAAGCAAAGAUGCAAACUGCAAAGAUCAACCAGGGAAACAUUGCACUGAAGCGAGUUGUUGAGUCUAUAGCAAAUGGAGACUCUCACGUUCCCUUUAGAGACAGCAAGCUGACAAUGCUGCUCCAGGACUCUUUUGAAGAUGACAAGUCAAAGAUUCUAAUGAUCCUGUGUGCGAGUCCGGAUCCAAAGGAGAUGCACAAGACUCUAUGUACUCUGGAGUAUGGCGCAAAAGCAAAGUGCAUAGUUCGUGGGUCUCAUACUCCGAACAAAGAUAAGAAUGGGGGUGAUGAGUCUUCUUCUGCUCUUAUUUUGGGAUCAAGAAUAGCUGCGAUGGAUGAGUUUAUAGCCAAACUCCAGUCUGAGAAGAAGCAACAAGAAAAAGAAAGGAAUGAUGCACAGAAGGAGCUUAAGAAGAAGGAAGAGGAAGUUUCUGCUUUACGAUCCCUUCUCACACGGAAGGAAGCAUGUGCUACCAAUGAGGAGGCGAUAAAAGAGAAAGUAAACGAGAGGACACAGCUUUUGAAAUCAGAACUAGAUAAGAAACUCGAGGAAUGCAGAAGAAUGGCUGAGGAAUUUGUUGAGAUGGAGAGAAGGAGAAUGGAGGAAAGGAUUGUGCAGCAGCAAGAGGAACUUGAGAUGAUGAGAAGACGGUUAGAAGAGAUUGAGCUUGAAUUCCGGCGAUCAAAGGAUGGAGGAAGUACUGAUGAAACUAGUGGGUUUGCCAAAAGACUCAAGAGUCUUUACUCUGAUGAUGAUCCUGGUAUGGUGAAGUCAAUGGACCUUGACAUGGGUGAUUCAGAACCAGUCAAGCAAGUCUGGGGAGCUGCACAACCAAGCAACACAAUCAGCAGCAAUUUGUCCAACGUUUUACAACCUAAGUCUUCAGAGAAUAUGGUUGCGCAAAUGUACCCUGACCGGGUAUGCCUGAGCACUGUCUUUGAAGAAGAAGAGGUUGAUGAAGAUGAAGAGAAAGUGAUAGUUGAAGAUAAAAGCAUCUGCUCGAUAACAGCACCAAUGCCAAGUUUGAACUUUGAAGGUUUCGGAAAAGAGAACUGCUUCAACACUACGGAGGACAAAGAAUCAGAAUCGUCUAGAAAGCUGAGAAUUCAAAACAUAUUCACCCUUUGUGGCAAUCAGAGAGAGCUGUCUCAUCAACACACUGGACAAGAGGAGGUUGUUCAACCAAAGAAUGCAUCACCUGCGAAAGAUGAUAAGUUGUUUGCUAUAACCAAUAAGGCUGAGGCACUAGCAGUAGAAGAGGCAAAGGAAAACAAUCUCUCAGUGGAUGAAAGUAAAAACGGGCAGAUGGAUGUCCAUGUUAAAUGGGAAGCAACUACUGAUAACCCUCGACAGCAGCUCAUAGCAACACUGAGAGUUACAAAAGACGCAACACUCUCUGACUUGAGGAAGCUUAUUGAGAUCUACCUUGGCUCUGAUAACCAAGCUUUCACCUUUCUCAAGCUCGGGGAACCAUGUGGAGCUCAAGUGUCAAAGGAGAAAGAAUCAACAGUUCUAGCUACGAGCCUGCCUUUAUGCAAUGGAAACGGUCACCUCGCUACUCUGAGACCGGGGAAGAGCUCACAACUUCUAAAUCUUGCACCAGCAAGUCCACUUCCACUAACUCCAAUUGAAAAUAAGAUGCCAUUUACGCCCAUCUCAAGAAUGACACCGAAACACCACCAAGAUGAUGAACUCUCAUCACCUCUCGUAGCUCAUCUCAGCUCCACUCCAUUCAUCACUAUGAGAAGACAUUAA